CGCCCACAAACAACCAAAAUCAACAUUCAAUUCACACCGCAACCAUCACUCAGACAACCCCCAACGUCAAACCUCCAUUUCGAGUUUAAAUCUCCGGAAAAGCUCAGCAUGCCCCCCAAGAAAAAGGGUAAAGGUAAAGGGGGUGUCGGCAACAUCAUCGAUGGCGUCGACACCACCUCCAUGACCCGAGAGCAGCUCGAGGUUUUCUGCCACCGAAUCAAGGAAGAGAAUGAACGCGAAAGAGAAGAAAGGAACUUCUUCCAGUUGGAAAGGGACAAACUGCGCACUUUCUGGGAAAUCACGAAGAACGAGCUGGAGGAGGCGAGGGCGAAAUUGAGGAAUAAAGAUCGGCAGAUUGAAGAAGCCGCCGAGAAGAAUGAAGACGAGUUGAAGUUCUAUAAGCAGAAAGUGAAGCAUUUGCAGUACGAACACCAGAAUAGUUUGACGGAAUGUAAGGCGGAGGCGCUGGUGUCGCUGAAGAUGGCGCAAGAUGACCAUACGGAGCAGGAGAGGGAGCUGUUGAAGGAUAAGAGGGAUUUGAAGGCGCAGAUUAGGGAGCAGGAGAUGACGCAUCAGGACCAAACUAAGUCGCUGAAACUGCAACACAGCGAAGAAAUCAGCAACAUUCGCACCCAGUUCGAGCAAAAAGAGAAAGAGCUCGAACUCAAAUACGAAAAAAAGUUCGCCGAUUUGAAACAAGAGCUCAACACGAAACACACCAUGGAAAUGUCCGAACUCGAGGAGCGCAAGAACGACCAAAUCACCGACCUCACCAAACACCACGAGAAAGUCUUCAACGAAAUGAAAAACUAUUACAACGACAUCACUUUGAAUAAUUUGGCACUAAUAAGCAGUUUGAAAGAUCAGAUGGAGGUACUUCGGAAGCAGAACGAGCGGAUGAGCAAGCAGGUGUCGGACAUCACGGCGGAGAACAAGAAGCUGAAGGAGCCGCUGCACCAGGCCUUGCAAGACGUCACCGAGUACAAGAGGCAACUAGAGCAUUACGAGAAGGAUAAAUUAGCAUUGGCGAAUACGAAAGCCAAGUUGGGGGCCACGAAGCAGGAACUGGACGAUUUGAAGUGGGCGAAUGACGCUCUGCAGCUACGGUUCGAAAAAUUGGAAGCGGAGAAGGAUGAGUUGAGCUCGCGGUUCGUCGACGCGGUUCUCGAGGUUCAACAAAAAACGGGGCAGAAGAAUAUUCUUUUGCAGAAACGGCUGCAGACUUUGACGAAAGUUGCGGAGUUCAGGGAUGUUAUCAUUGGGGAGAUGAGGCUGAUGACGGGGAUUGAGACCGACGCUACCACUAAUACCAAUCUCGAGAAACUUUUAGCGAAGAAAAAUGGGAUUAUUCAUGAUCUGCAGUACGAGCUGGCUCGAGUGUGUAAAGCACACGAUGACCUUUUGGAUACUUAUGAGGAUAAGCUGCAGCAGUACGGGAUUCCGAAGUCGGAGUUAGGGUUUGUCCCGCUGAGGAUCCUGCAGGAUGGGCAAGGAGGGCUGGCUAAAAGUCCGGCGGGACUUGUAACGAAAAAUCGAUGAAUAAAGA